CGUGUUCGGACGUACCGUUCGCUCCGAUAACGUAACUACGCGAAAUAAUAAUCUUUAACUUCGCUCUGUACUGCGUGUUUCGGUAACUUUUUAACUGUGAUAAUUAUUGUUUUAUUUUGUGUGAGUGAUUUUGUGGAUUGUGUAUUAUUGGAAAUGUUUUAAAGUGGUUUUUUAAGUGUUUUUUUUAUAUUUUUUUUGUUCGGGUUCUGUGGAGUGCAUUUGGAUAGAAGACGAGAAAUUGUAAAGGGUUAUUCGUACUUAUUGAAUUACUGGUCGAGCGCCGACGUAGAACGCGUGAAGAAUGAGUUAGCAGGAGUAAUAUGAGUUCAGAGGACGACAGCGCUCCGUGACGACAUGGCGGCUCGGGCAUUUGUCACACUCGCGCUUCUCGCUCAAGCUAUACCCGGCCACUGCGCGCAUAGGCACGGCCAUGAUGUAUCAACAGAGACGCCAGAACUUGCCGAGGUCCGGCAUGAUAAUACAACUCACCAUGGAAAGGAUCGCGGUGGUUGGUCUCAGUGGAGUGAGUGGUCGCUCUGCUCCCGAACAUGUGACGGCGGCGUGUCGCGGCAGCUGCGGACGUGCGCCUCUCCAGCAGGCUGCCGCGGCGAGCCCGUACGAUACAAGAUAUGUAACAUGCAGCCAUGUCGCGGCAACAUCUCUCUUCUUGAAGAGGAUGUAUGGAGGGAGCAGCAGUGUAGUGCACACGACAACACACCGUAUGGGGGCGAGCUGUUCCAUUGGAGGGCGCAUAGAGAUGACGCGGAACCAUGCGCGCUGACCUGCCGCGGCACACCACAGCAUUCCGGACAGAGUCCUGAGCCGACGGUGUCAUUGGACGAUGAUGAUCGCGUCGUAGUAGCAGUGCUGGCAGCGAGAGUGUCAGAUGGCACGCGGUGUCGCCCCGGCAGCCUGGAUAUGUGUAUCGACGGUAGAUGUCAGCGGGUCGGAUGUGAUCUACGUGUGGGUUCAACAAGGCGUGUGGACGAGUGCGGGGUUUGCGGUGGGGACGGCUCCUCCUGCUCUAGACCACGGUACCACUGGUUGGCGACCCCUGGAUCACUGUGUUCGGCUACUUGUGGAGGAGGCUACAAGAUGUCGCUGGCAGUCUGUCGGGACCGUCUGACGGGCACAGACGCGCCUGAGCAACUCUGCGACGGCUCCAGCAAGCCGAGCUCAGCUGUCGUCAGAUGCAACAUGCACCCAUGUCCUUAUAAAUGGUACGUGGGCGAAUGGUCUCCGUGCACUGUGAGCUGCGGCGGUGGGUUACGCACACGGCGGGUCCUCUGCGCCAGGUCUGCUAAUGUCACUAGAGCUGAUACUUAUCAACCAGGAUCUACGGAACCAGGCUGCGUAUCUCCAGCUCCAAGAUCCUCGCAGGCUUGCAAUGAACACGAAUGCCCCAUAUGGAUUGCUGGUGCUUGGUCAGGAUGCUCAGUUUCGUGUGGCGAAGGUGUCCAAGUGAGGGGAGUCGAGUGCACGCCAGCCGGCGGUGGUUGCAAUCCAAUGACGAGACCUGACAUUUCCCGACCUUGUUCUACUGGUAUUAGUUGUCCUGCUUACAGAGAAGCUGAUGAAACUGAGGAUGAUAUAGAAGACAUUUUACCCGGCGUGGUAUACCACACACAACCACUUAUCCAGCCAUAUCCACCGCCACAAGCUAAAGCAGAAAGACUAAUCGGAGAACCAGAAGUCCCUGUUGAAGCCACUUACAUCAAAGAUGAUGACUGGGGUCCAUGCAGUACGACAUGCGGCGAAGGUUGGAGGAAGAAGGAGGUUCAUUGCAAGAUUUUUUUAGAAUUCAGCAGAACUAUUGCAAAACUACCAGACAGCAAAUGCAUGGGUCCAAAGCCAACGGAAGAAACGGAAAGAUGCGUCAUGGAACCGUGUUCAAUGGCGUAUGGGACAUCUUUCGGAGAUUCUAGUAUACCUUCAUACGGUACAGGAGACAGGUCUCUGAUCUUUGGAACCUCAAGUAACAUCAGAGUGGCACCUGGUUCACCAGGCAAGUCAUAUUCUUGGAAAGAGAAAGGCUAUACUAGUUGCAGCGCUUCCUGUCUUAGCGGUGUACAGGAGCUAAUUAUACAAUGCGUGAGAGAUGAAGAUGGUAAAAAUGCGUCACCAUACAUGUGCGAUCCUCUGACAAAGCCCGAGAACAGAGUAAGGACAUGCAAUGAUCAUCCUUGCCCACCUAGAUGGAACUACACAGAGUUCUCUCAAUGCACUAAAUCCUGCGGUAUUGGCAUACAGACGAGGGAAGUGACGUGUAUACACGAAGUGACUCGAGGUGGUACGAACACAGUGGUGGUGCCAAACAGUAUGUGUCCGCAGCCGCCGCCACCAGACCGACAGUACUGCAAUGUACUCGACUGCCCUGUAAGAUGGCAUACCGGAGAAUGGUCCAAAUGUUCCAAAACAUGUGGCGGUGGAGUGAAACAGAGGGAGGUGGAAUGCAAACAAAUAAUGGCGCAGUCACACGUGGUAGAGAGGCCAUCCUCUCUCUGCAACAGUCCUCGACCAGCCUCUACAAAGUCCUGUAACAGCCGACCUUGUCUACUAGACACCGCAUCACCAGAGAUAUCACUGGCUAACUCUUCAUAUAUACAGCAUGAUCCUAAGAAGAAAAAGGUCACAGUAAAAGUUGGUGGUUCUGCGACAAUUUUCUACGGAACCCAAGUUAAAAUUAAAUGCCCCGUCAAAGGAUACAAUAGGACGAAGAUUCAAUGGGCGAAGGACCAUCAGAUUAUAACAAAGUCUAAAAAGCAUAAAAUUUCUAAAAAGGGGGCGCUACGCAUCACAUCACUUUCGCUCCGUGACCACGGCGUGUAUACUUGUGUAGCGGGUCGAUCCAGCGCCAAUUUGACUCUUGUCGUCAAACCACGACCUGGAGAGUAUCCUACCAGUGAAGAGAUAGGACAGCCUAAGAAGCCCUUGGAUGACCCGUCGUCUUUAGCUGACAGAUCCGACGGUCGCGCGACAUCAGGCAAAGUGGACAAUCUAUCACAGGAACAGCGGCCCGGUGAUCAGAGGAAAACUUAUAAAGGCAGACAACGAGGAAAACUAGAUAAAGUAAGAGACGCGCUCUACGGCAGUGAAGGAAAUCCUUCAACUAAAUCUCCAAGCUUCAAUUCUCAAGCCCAUGACAUCUACGAUGAGAACGAGGAGAGCGCAGUAUCUUCUCGGAUGCUACCGCCCAAACCAAGCAGUGCUUCACGACUAUUACCAUGCCUACAUUACAUUAUAAUGCAAGUUCAGACAAUCUUGGGAAUUUCUCGAGGUCAAAGAAUGGUGGAUUCAAUAAGCGUGUACCAAAAUCACGUGGCUCCAACAAAAACCCACUUCGUGAAUCUUGACGAUAAGCAAAUCGUUUACCCAGAAGAUGAUUACUCUGAUAUAAUAAUUGUUAAUGAAGAUUACAUCAGACAGACGAUUGAAAGAGCGGGACAGAAUAAUUUUAAAGAAGACGUUUAUGACUUAAUUGAGACUACUACUGCACCAAAAGAAGAAAUUGUACUUAUGCCGGCUGAUGUGGCCGAUGGAGGUGAGUAUACAUGGAUGACGACCGACUGGUCUGGCUGCAGCGCUCCUUGCGGUCAGAGCGGACACCAAGUAAGGGGAGCUGUUUGUCAGUAUAAGAGAGACAACAUCACGACAACUGUGGAGGCUGAGGAGUGUCUGGGCCGUGGAGCGAGUCCGCCGAACGUACUACGGGAGUGUUUAGGGCCGGUCUGCGCCAUCUGGCGGACAACCGCCUGGUCAUCACCGAAGUGUUUAGCCAGUGGAGCUGCACUUCUGCGUCGCAAAGUGGAAUGCAUCACAGAGAACGGUAUCAAGUUACCGGACACCUCGUGCUCUGCUGAAUCUCGUCCGGCGAAGACCAAACGACAGCCGCAGCCCUGUAAGCCAGCCUGGUCUGUCGGACCUUGGAGCAAGUGCAUAGGUCUAUGUGGAUCUAAGGGUCAACAACAUCGAGUUCUCCGAUGUGUGUGGCGUGCUGUCGGCAACAGCAAGUCGAAGCGCAAGCGGGAACGCAGUGCCGGCACUGCCUGCGAGGGUCUAAAGCGACCGAUCGUCACCAGGACUUGUAAUGUCGCUCCUUGUCCUGUCAACAAAGAUGGCAUCUGUAAGGAUGGAUCCAGAUAUUGCGAGAACGUUCGUGCAAUGAAUAUGUGCGCAUUGAAACGAUACAAGGAACAUUGCUGUGAAACUUGUGACAAUUGAUCAAUAUCAACGUUAAAUUCCACUGCCCAAAACUUGAUACAUAUUGUUGUCUCUAUCUUUUCAAAAAGGAAAAAAAGGAGAGCAAUAUUAUACUUGAACUCCACAGUAACAAGUUCCAUAAACAAAUGAAAUACGAUAAUUUUCAAAAAAGAUUUUAGUUAAGGAAAUGCUUACGUAAGAAGAAGA